AUGGCGCAGAGGGGGCGGGGCCCAGGAUUUCGAGGGCCUGGCGGGAAGGGCGGCAGUGCGCGCAUGCGUAUAGAGUACGCUGUCCAGCUCCGGUCUCCCGCAGACCUUAGGCGUCCCUGGUUACUGCGUUCCGCGGGCGUGCGUCUGCGCCCCUGGGUGCGGCUUUGGGACCGCGCCGUCUGGGGCGGCUUGGAACCCGAAUUGUUGCAACCUAAAAGUUACCAGUAUCUUCUGGCCUUUAUAUUUGCCACUGAAGAGGUCAACAGGAACCCACACCUGUUACCCAACGUGUCCCUGGGAUUCGAUCUCUACAACGCCAUCCAUAGUGAAUGGAAGACCCUGGAGAGCACCCUGACCUGGUUGUCUGCAGUGGGCAAGGCCAUUCCUAAUUACUCCUGUGUGAGGAAGAGCAAGUCUGUGGCAGUCAUUGUGGGAAUCACCUGGGCGAUUUCAGCACAGAUAGGGACGCUGUUGGAACUCUACAAAUUCCCUCAGCUCACCUAUGGUCCUUUUGAUCAAAUUCUGGGAGAAAAUCAUCAGUUUACCUACCAGAUGGUUUCCAGGGAAUCUUCUCUGGCCCUGGGCAUGGUGUCCUUGAUGCUGCAUUUCCACUGGACCUGGGUGGGGUUGGUCAUCUCUGAGGACACCAGGGGCAUUCAAUUCCUGUGGGAUAUAAGAGACAAAAUGAACAAGAACGAGGUCUGUGUGGCCUUUGUGGAAAUGCUCUCUGUCAUGGGCAGGACGUAUGCAUCACUUGAUUGGCACUACCACUUCAGAAUCCUAGAAUCAACUGCAAACGUGGUGGUCAUUUACGGUGACACAAACUCAUUAAUGAGCCUGAGCUUCUCGAGACACGGGAUCCUGGUGACGUGGAAAGUGUGGAUCACGACAUCACAAUGGGAUUUCAUCACCAGUGAGGAUGAACUCAUGAUGAACACAUUCCAUGGGACUUUGAGUUUUUCACACUCCCAUGAUGAAAUCCCUGGUUUCAAGCAUUUUCUCAAGACAAUGAAUCCUUCUAAGUACCCAGAAGACUUUUACCUCAGUAAAUUUUGGUAUCUCUAUUUCCCCUGCUCGAUUUCAAUGUCCGACUGUGAGACGUUGCAGGGCUGUCCCGCGAAUGCCUCUCUGGAGGAUCUGCCAGUGCACGUCUUUGACAUGAGCAUGUCUGAAGGGAGUUACCACAUCUACAACGCCGUGCAUGCCGUGGCCCACACCCUUCAUGAAAUGCUUCUUCAGCGGGUAGAGGUGCAGCCAGUGAGGAAUGGAGAUGGGUUGACGGUGUACCCCUGGCAGGUACUGUAUCUUGUCUGGGCAUUUUUCCUGUGUUCCUUGUGGACCUGUCACAACACAGAGGCUGUGCUGAUACUUAGCUAUGUGGUGAAUUGCUUUGGGGUUUGA